AGAAACCGCCUUGCAACAUCCGGGUCUUCGCUUCCUCAAUCUGCCGCCCGCACCAUCCAACUUCCAACAGUUUCAGCUUGCAAAACAAGAUCAUCUCUCCUCGAGAUCAGACCACAGAGUUGAUGGGUGACUAAUGCUUCAGCAGCAAAGCAGGUUUUCAUGAAACAAAACUACGGACGGAUUUGGGUGUAAAUGUUUACCCAGACUGUGGAUUUGAUAAAACUGCUGGAGAAACAAUUUUGAAGGUGUAAGAAAUGUCUUCUGAUGAGGAGUGGUCUUCAGGUGAAGAUGACAGUCAAGCAUCUAAACUAGCUAGAAAAGCCAAGGAUACCCCCUUUGUUCCCAUUGGACUAGCAGGCUGCCUUACUGUAGUGGGUUAUGGUCUUUAUAAGCUAAAACACAGAGGAAACAAAAAAAUGUCAAUCCAUCUCAUCCACACGAGAGUUGCAGCACAAAGCUUUGUCGUAGGGGCAAUCACACUAGGCGUUUUAUACUCUAUGUUUACUGAUUACGUCAGCCAGACCAGCAGUAAGCCGGAAAAAUGAUUAGCAUCAUAGAGGCAAAGAAGGAGAGCAAGUAUUCCAAGCAUACUACUACGACUUUGAAGAAACCUUGUUUAAUAAAAACAGAUGCUAUAAGCUCA